UUCACUCCAAGGAAGGCAAUGCUCAGAGGUCACCCGAGGAGCAGCUGAGGUCCUUAAUAGUGUGUAAAUACGCACACACACUCACACACACACACGUGUGAGGGGAGCCCGGAGAGAGUCAAGAUCCCCCGGCCUAGGGUGCAGCACACACUCCGGCCCCCGCCGACCCCCCCCCGACCCCACCAUGUCCCACCACAGAGAGGAGGACCUGAUCGGGAUCCCCUUCCCCAACCACAGCAGCGACAUCCUGUGCAGCCUGAACGAGCAGCGCCGGGACGGCCUGUUCUGCGACGUGGUGCUGAUCGUCCGCGACCAGGAGUACCAGACGCACCGCUCCGUCCUGGCCGCCUGCAGCCAGUACUUCAAGAAGCUCUUCACCGUGGCGACCGCCUCCGACAACCACAGCAACCACGGGGAUCAUCGACAGCAGCAGCCGCAGACGGCGGCCGCGUACGAGAUUGACUUUGUGGGCGCCGAGUCGCUGACGGCCAUCUUGGAGUUCGCCUACACCUCCACGCUGACGGUGACGGCGUCCAACGUCAAGGAGAUCCUGAACGCCGCCCGCCUGCUGGAGAUCCCGUGCAUCAUCAACGUGUGUCUGGAGAUCAUGGACACGGGAGGAGGGAGGGAAGGAGGAGGAGGAGGUGAAGGAGGAGAGGAGGAGGAGGAGGACAUGGAGGACGACGAGGACGAGGAGGAGGAGGACGACGAGGAAGAGGAGGACGAGGAGGACGGGUCGAGGAAGGAGGAGGACGAGGAGGGAGGCAGCGAGAGGUCGACGCGGUCGCCGGAGAGCCGGGGCGAAGGGACGCCGCGCGGGAGGGAGGAGUCCCCGCCCCCGAGCACGUCGCAGUACCACCGCCACCUCCACUACCGCAACAACAGCAACAACAACAGCAGCUAUGAGCUGCACGCCAACAGCAGGCAGUCACAGUCGCCGGACAACAUGAGAGGAAAACAGGAGAGCACCGAGAGCCGCGCCCUGAAGGACUUCUCCAUCAAGUCCCUCCUGCAAGACGGCCUGUACCCGCGCAUCGCCUCCGCCCUGGACAAGAGACAGGCCACCUUCUCCCCGCUCCUGCCCAGCUUCUACCCCUCCAUGUGGGCCGCCGAGAUCUCCGGCUUCCCCCAGCAGCUGCUGGAGCCCGGGCGACACCACCACCACCACCACCUCCACCACCACAACCGCCACCUCCACCAGCAGCCACACCCGCACCCCCACAACGGAGGCCCACCCCGGGGCAGACACUACCCCCCCGGGUCCUCGGCGGCCCCCCAGCUGGAGAGCUCCAGGCCCCUGGACCUGGCUGUGAAGAGGGAGGUGAUCAAGGAGGAGGUGAAGGAGGAAGUGACGCACAGUGGCGCCGGCUUGCUUCACGGUGACUUCCUGAACGAGCUGGUGGGCUCCGGCCUCGUGGGGGGUCUGGGGGGUUCUGAGACCCCCGGCGUGAACGGCGGUGGCGGUAGCGGGAGCGUCGCCGGGGGAACGCCGUCCCUGGAAGGCCACGUCCCGCUGGGCCAGAUCAAAGACGAGGCCGACUUCCGCUCGUACCUGAGCUUCCUCAGCUCGGCCUCCCACCUGGGGGCGCUGUUCCCCCCCUGGCAGCUGGAGGAGGAGCGCAAGAUGAAGCCCAAGGCUGCCCAGCAGUGUCCCAUCUGCAACAAGGUGAUCCAGGGCGCGGGGAAGCUGCCCCGGCACAUGAGAACGCACACGGGGGAGAAGCCCUACAUGUGCACCAUCUGCGAGGUCCGCUUCACCAGACAGGACAAGCUGAAGAUCCACAUGCGCAAGCACACGGGCGAGAGGCCCUACAUGUGCCUCCACUGCAACUCCAAGUUCGUCCACAACUAUGACCUGAAGAACCACCUGCGCAUCCACACGGGCGUGAGGCCCUACCAGUGCGAGCACUGCUACAAGAGCUUCACGCGCUCCGACCACCUCCACCGCCACAUCAAGAGACAGAGCUGCCGCGUGUCCCGCCCACGCCGGGGCCGCAGGCCCGCCGCCUGGAGGGCCACUCCAGGGAGCGUCAGCAACAACAGCAACAACUUCCUGUGUCAACCGGCUGCCGUGGCGACGACGACGACGACGUCGACGACGACGACGGGCGUGAUGUCAAACCGGACCUUGGAGGAGAACGGCUUGUUGCUGGGCUCGCCCUACGCGGGGGUCAAGGCUCUCGGCGGUCUGGCGGGCGUGAAGGGUUUGAUGGCGAACAGGGGCAGGGACAAGGUGCUGAGCCGCUCGGGGUUCUACGCCCCGCCCCCCGACCCGUGGACCGUGCGGCUGGAGCGGCCGCCGCCCGUGCCCGAGCCUGCAAACUGA